AACGGCACAUCAGCGCUGCUCACCUCAAAGGUGCUCCUCGUCCCCUACAGCACCCAUCAUGUCCUGACAUAUCACGAGUGGAUGAAAGAUGAAGAACUCCAGCAAGCAACGGCGUCGGAGCCGCUGACUAUCGACGAGGAAUACGGCAUGCAGCGCAGCUGGCGGCAAGACGCCGACAAACUCACCUUCAUCACAUGCACCGCACCCGCAGGCUCUCCUUCCGAGAAGCAGCAGAUCAUCAAAGGGACCAAAGACGACACGCCGGCCACCAUGAUCGGCGACGUGAACCUCUUCCUCUACCUCGACGCCGACGACGAAGAAGAGGAAGCAGCAGCGAACGCGGCCGCCUCAGCGCCCCGGCCCGUGGACCUCGUGGGCGAGGUCGAGAUCAUGGUGGCGUCGCGCGCGCACCAGGGCCGCGGGUACGGCAAGGCCAUCCUGGCCGCAUUCCUGGGCUACGUGCGGCAGCAGCGCGCCGCCAUCGCGGCCGAGUACGCAGGCUCGCUGCUGCCACAGCAGCGCCCGGGCGGCGUGCGCCUCGCCGUGCUGCGCGUCAAGAUUGGCGCCGAGAAUGCGCGCAGCUUGCACCUGUUUGAGGGGCUGGGCUUUGUGCGCGUCGCCGACGAGCCCAAUUUCUUCGGCGAGCUCGAGCUGAGGAUG